AUGAUGCUCAACCUACGCCGGCUAGGACUCCUGGCCGCUGUCCUGGGAGUCACUCUCGCAACCCUCUGCGCGGCCGACGCCGUCCAAAUCCCCUCCGAUGCCACGGUCUCUUCCUUAGUCGCGUCCGGCAAAGCAGCCCGUGCUCGAGGCGCCAACAGCGAAGCCCUCGCAUACUUCGACGCAGCCGUGUCGAAAGAUCCCGCCGACUACCUGACGCUAUUCCACCGCGGAGUGACGCAAUUGUCGCUGGGCAGGAACGCACAAGCAAGCGAGGAUUUCGACAAAGUUUUGAAGAUCCGGCCAGGAUUCGAAGGGGCGUUGGUGCAGAGGGCCAAAAUCAGAGCGAGAAACGGGGAUUGGGCUGGCGCAAGACAGGAUUAUGCCGCGUUGGGGGCACGAGCGACCGCGGAUCUGGCACAACUCGAGGAAGCAGAGGGCGCGGCUUACCUCGCGUCGGAGGCGGAGAAGAAAGGAGACUGGGAGACAUGCAUCAACCAGGCCGGGAUUGCAAUCAUGACGGCCGGCACGGCAGCAUCGCUGCGCCAGUUGCGUGCGCGGUGUCGGUUCGAGCGGGGCGAGGUGCAGGAAGGCCUCAACGACCUCGCCCACGUACUGCAGAUCCAUCCGGGCCUCAGUGAUCCGCAUCUUCAGAUCUCGGCGAUGAUGUUCUACAGCUUGGGGGACACCGAGCGUGGACUGACGCAGGUCAAGAAAUGCUUGCAUUCCGACCCGGACUCGAAACCUUGCAAGGCGCUCUUCCGGGAAGAGAAGGCGAUCUCAAAACAGAUCGAGAAGGUUCAGGGGUUGAUGGACAAACGACAAUUCAACUCGGCCAGCAAGAUCCUCACAGGCAAAGGCACGGAAGACGACCCGGGCCUGCUGUCCGAGUUGAAGGCCAACAUCGACGCACAUCGAACAAGUGGGAUCAUCCAUGCCAAAGCCCCCUCGGAACUCUACACGAGGUUGCUGGAGAAGACGUGCGAAGCGUACAUGUCCAUGAACAACCUGAACAAAGCCACAAAGUACUGUCCCGAAGUCCUCAGGUUGAACCCGACCUCGCUGCACGCACUGCUGUACCAGGCCCAGAAACACAUGGAGAACGACAACUUCGACGCGGCCGUGGCCACGCUCAACACCGCGCGAGAGAACCACCCCGACGCGCAAGCCACGAUCAACCAGAAGCUGCAGGAGGCCCAGACCGCCUUGAAGCGCAGCAAGACGAAAGACUACUACAAGGUGCUCGGCGUGUCGCGCGACGCCGACGAGCGCACCAUCAAGAAAGCAUACCGCACCGCCACCAAGAACUUCCACCCCGACAAGGCUGCCGCCAAGGGCGUCCCCAAGGAAGAGGCCGAGAAGAAAAUGGCCGCCAUCAACGAGGCCUACGAGGUCCUCAGCGACCCGGAACUCAAGGCCAGAUUCGACCAAGGUGACGACCCGAACGAUCCCUUGGCCAACCAGCAGGGCGGCAGUCCGUUCCAGCAAGGUGGUGGUCCCUUCGGACAGGGCGGUCAGCAGUUCUUCUUCCAGCAAGGAGGUUUCCCGGGCGGCGGCGGCGGCGGCUCCAGAGGUGGCGGUGGCCAGAGACAGUUCAAGUUCAGUGGAGGAGGAUUCCCAGGCGGUGGUGGUGGUGGUGCUGGAGGAAAUCCUUUUGCUGGCUUCCCUGGAUUUGGUUGA